CACAGCGGGGGCGGAGGCGCAGCGGCUCGGCAUCUCCUCAGGCUGCCUCGAAAGGCUCCCUCGAGCGGGCGGUCGUGUGAGGCCGCGGUCACACACCCUGUCGAGGAGCCCGUCUCGUGUCCCAACAUGGCGGGCGGGCGCUGCGGCCGGCUGUUGACUACGCUCCUGGCCGCCUGGCUGGCGGCGGCGGCGGCGGAGGCUCCGGCCGGCUCUGAGCAGGCCUCGCUGCCGGCGGAGCAGAGCAGGGUCCAGCCCAUGACCGCCUCCAACUGGACGCUGGUGAUGGAGGGCGAGUGGAUGCUGAAAUUUUACGCCCCAUGGUGUCCAUCCUGCCAGCAGACUGAUUCAGAGUGGGAGACAUUUGCUAAGAAUGGGGAAGUCCUGCAUAUCAGCGUGGGGAAAGUGGAUGUCAUUCAAGAGCCGGGUCUUAGUGGCCGCUUCUUUGUCACCACGCUCCCAGCAUUUUUUCAUGCAAAGGAUGGAAUAUUCCGCCGUUACCGUGGCCCAGGAAUCUUUGAAGACCUGCAGAAUUACAUCUUAGAGAAAAAAUGGCAAUCAGUUGAGCCUCUGACUGGCUGGAAAUCUCCAGCUUCUCUGACGAUGUCUGGAAUGGCUGGUCUUUUUAGCAUCUCUGGCAAGAUAUGGCAUCUUCACAAUUAUUUCACAGUGACCCUUGGAAUUCCUGCUUGGUGUUCUUAUGUCUUUUUCGUCAUAGCAACCUUGGUUUUCGGCCUUUUAAUGGGUCUGGUCUUGGUGGUAAUAUCAGAAUGUUUCUGUGUGCCACUUCCAAGGGAUUUAUCUGAACGUUCUGAGCAAGAUCAGAGGUCAGAGGAUGCUCAUAGGGCUGAACAAUUACAGGAUGCAGAGGAGGAAAAGGAUGACUCGAAUGAAGAAGAAAACAAAGACAGCCUUGUAGAUGAUGAAGAAGAGAAAGAAGACCUUGCUGAUGAGGAUGAAGCAGAGGAGGAAGAGGAAGAGGACAACCCAACUGGCAAUGUGGAUGAGGAGAAGAAUGACACCAGUGACCAAGGGCUCCUGAGACAAGGCAGUGUGUCCCAGGCAGAAGUCGAACCUGAUAAUACUGACGACCUCCCUGAGCAGCCCCGUGUGGCUGACACAGAGGGUCUGGAAGACUCCUUGAGGCAGCGCAAAAGUCAGCCUGCUACUAAGGGACUGUAGGAUUAAUGAUGCUCUUCCCAUGAAUACAGACCAAAAAAUAUGUCAGCUUCCCUCUGGUCUGCAGUUUAAACCAAAUUCUUAAUUUUUCUCUUAAAAGAUGAUCUCUAAGUCAUAUGGUUUCAAGGUGGUUUCAUAUAUCCUAAGGGAAUCUUCCAGAUAUGUCAUCAGUAAACAAAAGGACAACACAGUAUUAGGAUCUGUCUAAGAGCUUGGGAUAGGAAGAGAGUUGACUAGAGGAGGCAACCCCCAUGCUCAUAGAAAUAAGGCAGCAGGCUCCAUUCAAAAGAAGGUAAAGUAGCCUUUACUGCUGAGCAUCCUCAUUGUGUAGCAUAGGUUUGGCUUCCUUUUCUUCUGUUAAAAUUUAUUUUUGUCAAAUUGGAAGAAACAUUGGGUACCACAGUGCACACUUUUUUAGAGAUAGAAAUUGAGAGAGCCUGCUUGGAAGUUAUCCCAACCCUUUCAGUCUUCUUUGUUAUGUUUUAUUUGUUAGCUUUUAUGUUUCCAGCUUUUUCACCUUGAGUCUGCAGGCUCCCCUUCUCUUCACUGUUAUUACCGCUUAAGAGAAGAUUCAGACAACAGCUGGAUUUGCAUCAGCCACAUUUAUUCUGACUUAAGGGUGUGCAGAUAAUCAGUGACAACAACCCAUGAAGCCAUGAAUACCAGGCAUCUAGGAUGAAAUGAUGUAUUCUUCAAAGAUUCAAAAGAAAGUAGAGAUUUUACAGGAUAGAAGUCUCUUUAUUUUGGGGGACCAAAAUGUCAUUAUUUCCCCCAAAAUUUCUUCAGUAAUAUACUUCUGAAGGAAAAAAUCCUCUAAGUUUUGCCAAGACAAGGUAUUUUUGUGAAGAAAACUUGAUAUAGUGUUGUGUUGUUUCCAUUUCAAGGGGCUCCCUGGCUCUUGCAUUACUUUAAUAUUAACUGAGAACCCAUUCCUUAUUUCCUUCACUGCUGUGCUUUUGGUGAAAAUAUUAAUGGAAGUCAAUAUCUGGAAGUGAAAGAUUUGAUUUUGUUUCCAUCUCCCUUAAUAUUUUAGAGAAUUGUUUCUUUGUAAAUCUCUCAGUACUCAAUCUAUGGUAAGAUCCCAGGGAUCCCAAUUUCUUUUAAAAAGUCUGUCCGUCCACUUCCUUCUUCCUUGAUUUAUGUCUUCGAAUAAAUUCAUAAAAUUAGAUUCUCAGCAUAUAAAAACUAAAGUCAAUCUUAAUGUCCCUUGAGUUUAGACAAAAUAACAAGUACAGGUUUAUGAAAAUCAAAAAAGUUUGUCAUCUUUAAAAAGCAAUAUGCAACAUAUUCCUAUUUGCCUGUUUAGAUAACACCUUCUUUGUAUAUUAACUGUGAGCAUGGCGUUCACUAAUGCAUGGGAGGUUCUGAAACUCUGUCCUCUUGUGGUUAAAUGAGGUUGUUACAAACUGCACAAAGGAAGUUUCUAGAGAUGUUUAUUUUUCAGUCUUUCUAGUUAACAGUCUUUAGCCCCAGUACAAAGAGGUUCACUUAGCAGUUGUAACUGCAAUCUUUAGAAUGUGACUUGAGGUUUGAGGCCAUCACAGAAUUUGUGGCCUAGGAGAGUUUUGACGUGGGCCCCUCUUCUGCUCCUCUACACAUCCUCACCCAGAAUGCCACUAUUCUCAAGGGGAACUUCUGUCUCCCUGAUGUCAGGGUUCUUUUCUGAAUCAUAGCUUACGUGGUGCUGUCCUCAUGUCACUGAAUUUCUUUCUCUUUCAAUCCAAGAGGCAAGGUUUUCAAAGAAAACUAAGCUCAAAUUCAGAGGUGUGGGAAUAAGAAAGUUCAGAGUUGGCUUUUCUGUAUAAUCUCUCCCCAGACUCUUUGUGUACAUAUUCAUUUUCUAGAGAAGUAUUUCACUAAAGAGGAAGCAAUCAAGAAAUAUAACGCAACUUUGCUUUUAAAAAAUUUAUUAAUAAUGAUUGCACAUAUUUAUGAGCCACCAAGUGACAUUUCCCAACACAUGUCUACAAUGUUUGCUGAUCAAAUUCACAUUUCUCCUGAUUUGACGUUAUUUUACAAUUGAGGCCCUGGAGUGCCCCAACUUUGCUUUGUUUAAUAUUUUAAAUAUAUAUUUAUUUUCAUUUUUUAUUUGAAAGUCAGUGAGAUAGAGAUUUUCCAUAUGCAGGUUCACUCUGCGAAUGCCUGCAAAGUCCAGGGUUAUGUAAAGCUGAAGUCAGGAGCUCCAGACUCAUUCCCAGUCUCUCAUGGAAGUGGCAACAGAACUGAAGUACUUGAGCACAGGGUAUACAUAAGUAGGAAGCUGAAUCAGAAGCAGAGUAACUGGAUCUCAAGCCAGGCACUCAGAUAUGAGAUACAGGGGUCCCAAAAGGGGCAGCUCAACUACUGUGCCACAUGUAUGCCCCACCUUCAUUUUUCUAAAUGUAAGUUCUGAUUGUAUCCCAAAUAGUACCUAACUUUAGAAUUUUUUAAAAAAUUCUUUUUUAGCCAUACUUAAGAAAAACCUGGAGGGGGGAGAAAAAUAUCUUGGGAAAUGGGAUACUGUUAAAGUUUAAAUAUCUGCUUGAGAAUAAUUUUUCUUGAUUUUCCCUUUUUUAAACAUUCUAACUAAAAGUUCUUUUACAAAAUGGCCUGAUUUACAUAUUUAAUUUAUUUCUAAUGGAAGCCUUUGGGUUUGUCUUCAAUACUUACUGAAUAUAAAGCUAAAAGAUCAAAAGUCAGUAUAAAAUAUUUACACUUAAAAUUAGAUCAACAUUUCAGUAGGACUUUGUGGGUUUUUUUCCUGUAGAUAAUGUAAUUAAUGGAAAAGUCCAUUGCAUGGAAACAUAAUUUUUUUAAAAAAGUAAAAGAGCAAUCAUGCUUCCUUCCAUUAUAAUAUCAAUAAUUUAAUUACACAAUGGUAUUUUAUGUAAAUUAAUAUUAGGUGAGUGAAGUAAAAGUGACUAUGAAAUAAAACUGGAUUUCAAAAUGGGGUUUUGUAGUGAUUAUAUGUGGGUAGUUGGAAUAGGGUAACUUGUCUUUGACUAGAAGGGAAAUUUGAAACUUCUAAUUAUUUUUUUAUUGAUGUCUUCAAUAUUCAUCUCUUGCUAGACCUGCUAAACCAGCCCACUUUGUUUAGAUACCACACUGAAGCAACAUAUGGGUAAUUUCACUUCUUACUCUCUCUUUGAAAUAUAAUCAUUGAACAGAAUGAGGGAUAGGGCCUGUUCAGUUAACAGGAGUUUGUAUUUCAUGGACACUUAUUUACCACCUCAUCUUGUGCAUGUGACCCCUAUCUGUUACCUUAUAGUCCUCUUUGCACAAAGAAUUUCAAAUUAACUACUGUACGAAAAAGUGGAUACAUUUCCAAAAAGUUGGCUUUGACAGUGGAUAAAACCAAAUUUGGACUGUUUAUGGUCCAAACCUCUUAUUAGUUAUCUAUGCUGUUGCUACAUGAUUUGGGUAUAUGUGAGUGUGCCAAACCUGUAUCCCAUAAUACCUUUGGGGUAGAUGAUGUAAAUUCUUUUUAAAGCAAAUGCUUGCCAUGUGACUUACAGCCAAGUCCUUUGAAGUGGAGCUGGUAUGUUGCUUUACAGGACAGAAAGAAUUAAACAACCCAAAGAAAAAUUAAAAACAUAGAAAAGAUAGUGCAGUCCUAAAAUUUCAAUAUAAAGCUUUUGGUGGGAAGUUAAGAGAAAGGAGACAGAGACUGGUACUUUUGCUAGUGUGCUGCAGUGGGUUGUCUAUGUUAUCUCAGUGUUGCGGUGUUAUUUCUGCCAGUAUUAUAUGUGUGGUGGUUGAUGCAUCCUGUCAGAUAUACCAACAUCUCAAAGUAUACAUGUAAAUCUUUUAUGCCAAUAGAAGGACUCCUUUAUAUGUUAUAUCUCUUUACCUUAGUCUUACGGUUUGAUCUUCUGAGCAAGAUGAUAACUUGUCUUGAAAAGGUCGGAUGUGGAGUUACCACAUCUGAUAAAACCUGAUGGGGCAACUUUGUGAAAAGCUUUUUCACAGCUAGAGGUCCAGUUGAAAGGCCUUCGAUAUCUGUAGCCCAGGCCAUGGCCUUGAGAUGACUUAUUGUCAGAAAAGUUUUAUGUAGACUAUAAUACUGUAUAUAUGUGACUCAUACAGCGUUGACUUGUUUCCAAUGUAGUUUAAUCAGAUUUAAUAGAUGACUUCUUCAUGGAAAUGCAAUUUUUAAUACAGAAAAACACUGCUUAUUUGUAAAACAACGUAUCAUAAACAUUGUUUAUAUUUUUUGUAGUAUCUGAGUUAAAGCCCAGUAUAUACAUGUUUUCUUUUUAUGUAUUUGCUUCCUCAAACAGCAUCUGCAACAACUAAAAUGAGAAGUCAAAAUCUGUGUUUCAAGCAGUACAUUGCCUGAGUUACAAUUCUUUUGUUCACAAAAUUGUACAUAAUCCUUGGUCCUAUAUGUUUUCAUUUCAGUAUAAAUUUGUUUUCAUCAAACCUAAUGAUACUGAUGACUAAAAACAAAAUGGUGUAUUGCUUUUCAUAUAAAUAUUU